AUUUUUUUUUUCACUUGUGAGUGCUGAUAGUUUGCUGACACAAAAAGUGGCUCUCAUUGCUCAACCCCAACACUCGAACAGCAGCCACACCAAACUCCAAUCACCUCACUAAAUUUUAGAGAGGAGGAGAGUGUAAUUAUCUUUAUUCUUACAAAACCAAAAUCCGACCCUUUAUAUAUACCGCAAGAACACCAAUCCUUUCAUCUCUUUCUAGUUCUACGCUCAUCUGGGCUGGAUCCAUCCACACCCAUUAUUUACUAGUAACUCAAAAAUUUUCAAGAAUCAUAGUAAUAUUAUUAUUUCUUCUUUCUUUUGGUGCGUGUGUGUGUGGGAGGUUGAGUAAGUAGAAUAAUAUCUUGUGUGAGAGUGAAAAUCUUGAUGUAAUUUUGCUUGUAUUUCUUGAUUAUGCAAUCAUAACUUUCAAAGGUUCUGAAAAGGUAAGUUCUUUGCCAGAUUCUUCAAAUUUUAUGCUACUUGGAGAAAAGAAGUAUUCUUGAUUCUCAGUAAAUGGUUCUGAUUUCAGUUCUUUUUGAAUCACAGUAGAAAAUCCCAGCUUUUGUUCUGCAUAUUGCAUAUAUAGUGUUAAACAUCUCAUGAAACGGAAUUCUCAGACUAGAGAGUAACAAACUCGAUCCCAAGUAUAGGUCAGUUGUAAGAUUUUAGGAAUGGAAGCUUUAUGUCCAACUUCACUUGUACAAGAUUCAAGCUGGUUCAUAGGCCAGGGCAAGAGCACAAAAUGGACAAAAGAAGAGAACAAGAAGUUUGAGAGUGCUCUUGCGAUUUUCGAUGAGAAAACUCCAAACAGAUGGUUUAAGGUAGCAGCCAUGAUCCCAGGAAAGUCCGUUUAUGAUGUAAUAAAUCAGUAUAAGGAAUUAGUGGCAGAUGUUAGUGAUAUCGAGGCAGGUUUGGUUCCUGUUCCCGGAUACAUGGCUUCUCCAUUUACAUUGGAGUUGUCAGAUUAUCGCAGUUUUGAUGUGUGUAGGAAGAAGGGCAGGACUUGUGAUCAAGAACGGAAAAAGGGCGUGCCUUGGACAGAAGAUGAGCAUAGGCGUUUUCUUUUGGGACUGCAAAAGUACGGCAAAGGGGAUUGGAGAAGUAUCUCACGGCACUUUGUUGUAUCCAAAACGCCGACUCAAGUAGCAAGCCAUGCUCAGAAAUACUAUCUGAGGCAGCUUUCUGGAGGCAAAGACAAGAAAAGACCGAGCAUCCAUGACAUAACAACAGUCGACCUCGUUUCUCCAUCAGACAACAAUAGACCUCGUCCUCUUGAGAAGACUAAUGAACUUUCCUUUCAGCAGAAGCUCAAUGAAGCCUUAACGGUUUUUGACUCGUCUUGUGGUGAUUCUUAUGCUGCGUAUCCCUUCAAUGUUUCGACACAAAGUCAUCCUAGCUCGUGUCUUCACAUCCAAGUGCCAAGAUUUCGAGGUUGAGGAAGGGAAUAAUGUCUGUUGAGGAUGUCGGAUUGAAAUGUUGUUAUAGUCAAAAGUGACUGUGCAUGCACUUUGUUGAUGAGCCAAUAUGUGAUAUAUAUGCUUGUUGAAAUCAUGUCUAUGAUGAAAAGAGACUGAAUCAGUCUUGUAUUUAUUUGUACUAGUCAAGUUCAUCAUCAAAUGGUCUGAACAAGAAUCAAAUAAUGAUA